GAGGUGGUUGGCUUGGAGGACGCUCCUCAGCCCUCCUCAUGAGGGUAAGCCCUCCCCUCACCCCUGCGCUGGUUAUCAAACACAGUUCAACUGCCUUAUGGGAUAUGACAUACGGGAGAGUUCGUCGGGCGCAUCUUCAUUUGUCUAGGCAUGGACGGUUCUGCCAAAACACCCAUUAAAUACCCCGAAGAGGCGAAAGAAUACUUAAAAGCAGGCCAAGCGGGUCCUCGUGUUCAGGGGUCCGGCAAUGGCUGUGGGGCUUGCCUGAAGAGCAUGCGGGGAUGGGUCAAGCCGGAGUACCGACACGAGCUGGUACAACUUCUCAAACUAGCGGGACCAGUGGUCAUUUCCCAGUUGAUGGUCUUCAUGAUCAGUAUCGUCAGCACAGUGUUCUGUGGACACCUGGGGAAAACUGAACUUGCUGGAGUAUCGUUAGCAAUUGCGGUGCUUAAUGUCACUGGUAUUUCCAUUGGAACUGGUUUGUCGUUAACUUGUGAUACCCUCAUAUCUCAGACGUAUGGGAGCGGUAACUUGAAGCAUGUGGGCGUGAUCCUCCAGAGAGGGAUUCUGAUUCUGCUCAUGGCCUGUUUUCCCUGUUGGGCCAUCCUCAUCAACACUGAACCUCUCCUACUUGCUGUCAAACAGAGCCCAGAGGUCGCCAGUCUCUCCCAGCUGUAUGUGAAGAUCUUCAUGCCUGCUCUGCCGGCAGCUUUUGUGUACCAGCUGCAAGGGAGGUAUCUUCAAAAUCAGAGCAUUAUAUGGCCUCAGGUUAUAACUGGAGCGAUUGCAAAUGUCCUCAAUGCAAUCAUCAACUACAUCUUCCUCUAUCGUCUGGAUUUGGGUGUUGCUGGAUCUGCAGCAGCCAACGCUAUCUGUCAGUAUUUGCUGACUGUGAUUUUAUACAUUUACAUCUACUGGAGGGGUCUGCACAAGGCCACAUGGGGAGGUUGGUCACUUGAGUGUCUGCAGGACUGGGGACCCUUCAUCCGGUUGGCCAUUCCCAGCAUGCUCAUGCUUUGUCUGGAGUGGUGGAUGUUCGAGGUGGGAGGAUUCCUGGCCGGUGUGAUUAGUGAGGCUGAGCUGGGGGCUCAGUCGAUUAUGUAUGAGCUGGCUGUUGUAGCUUACAUGUUCCCACUAGGAAUCUCUGUUGCUGCCAGUGUACGGGUUGGGAAUGCUCUUGGUGCAGGAAACAUAGAGCAGGCAAAGUUGUCAUGUAAAGUCCCCAUCAUCUGUGCAUUCAUAAUUGCAUGUUUUGUUGGAGCUAGUCUCAGCGUCUCCAGAAAUGUCAUUGGAUACAUUUUCACCUCAGAGCAAGACAUUUUAGAGAGGGUUGCUGACGUCAUGUUUAUAUUUGGUUUCGUGCAUCUUGCUGAUGCCACUGCGGCUGUGGCUGGAGGAGUUCUUAGAGGAGCAGGGAAACAGUUGGUUGGUGCUCUGUGUAACCUGGUGGGAUACUACUUCAUUGGCUUCCCCAUUGGUGUGUCCCUAAUGUUUGCAGCAAACCUGGGAAUUUUAGGACUAUGGACAGGACUUACCAUUUGUGUGCUAAUGCAGUCGAUUUUCUUCAUCACAUAUGUGUGUAAACUUGACUGGAAGAAGGCUGCUGAUGAGGCUCUUGUGAGAGCAGGAGUCAAGAUCAAAGAGGAAAAAGAGAUGGCCCGGAUGGAAAAUACAGACACGAAUCAGAACCAGGCCCAGGUCAGCACUAUUGCAUCCAAUUGUGGGAGCACUGAGGAGGAUCACUCAUACCAGGAGUUGCCUGGUCCACACAAGAAUAAAUCCACUACUACUACAGUGGGAGGUGUUCUCUCUGUAACACAACUUGUUUUACGGCGUGGACUGACAUUGCUGGUUAUGGUUGUCAUCCUCGUCACUGGAAUUUUCACCAGCAGCUUCCUCAUCAAGCUGCUGAAAUGAGUACUCCGAUGGUGCAAAGCUGGCAAUCAGACUAAUGGUUCUCAGGUUUGAUAGCACAAAGUUCUGCUAAAUAAUAUUUUUAUGUUAACACUGAACCAUCUUGUAGUACGAAAAGAUUACUCGUUCUGUUGACCCAACUGAGGAUCAGCACUUCAGUCUGGAGUUUGGUGCAGCCUUUGGUGCAGCCAUCAACCCUCUCAUACUUACUUUAUCUAAGUGAGCAGCCACUCAGUGACAGCAAGCUGAUUAAACAAGGUGACAAGAGGGAAACAUGUAGCAAGCCAAAGGGACCCAGAUAGGUUUGAUGAGUUAGCAGACCAAACCAGGGCUGAAAUGCAAAUGAUUGAACUUGGAGUAUUGGGAUGCUCAUGUUUCACUGUUUCUGUUAAAGGGAAUUCCAAGAUGUUUUGAUUUGAACAUAACAAUUUUGAGAUGUUUACAUUCUGUUCUGUCAGUUAAAGUGAAUAUGAAUGUAACUCUAUUUUUCAGUAGAAAUACAUGAAUAGUGACAUCACAUGCUCCACAAUGGGACAGCUGAAAGUCUUUCUAAGAUUGUGACAUUAGUACUCCUGACUUUGUAAUCAAAGGGUUGUUGUUUCUAGACCAAAACAUAACAACUGUAAUAUUUGUUUUUAUCUUCAUCAGCCCCUGUGUAUUACUGUAGUACAUACUGUAUGUAGAUGAUAUUGUUUUCCUGUUCCUGAAUUAGUCUGUUGUAUUUGGUAUGAACAUGAACUUUUAGUGUUUACAUCCACCCCUCAAAAGAGAGGAAAUACAUGGAGUGUUUAUACCAAAAAUGUCAAAGACAAUAAUCAAAGUGAAAUUCAGCAAUACCAAAGAAGUUAUGUAAGCUAUACACUGAAAGUAUUUUCUACAAUGAGUUGUAUUCUCAUCUUUCUUUUUUUUCAAAAUAAAUAAAUAGUUAAAUCAUUAA